AUGGGGUUACAGAGCCCUCCCGAUGGUUUUGCACCCACGACCUCGGCAUCAAGUAAGGAUCAUGAGUGGCACCAAUGGGAAAAGAUGACAAAGGAAUCAAAACAGAUAAUAAAAAUGAAAAGCGAUGAUGAAGCCUCGGACACGGGUGCUCCUGACCCUGGAGCUCCCGUGGCGGACUUGUCCGCUGUAGAUGACAGGGUCACUGUUGACGAACCUGGCGAUUCCAAUGGACAUGACUUUGGGCAAUGUGUGGACAUGCCCUUGGGCGGGCAGAUCCAGUGCGGGCUGUGCUGGCAGAAUAGCAGGAACAUACAAUUCCUACAGGAGGCCAAGUUUCAAGAUCACGUUGACAGGCAGCAUCCCAAGAUGAGCAUUACAUGGAGGUGCGCUGCAUGCCUGAAAAGCUUUACAAAGCUUCAUGCAUGCAGAUGUCACCUCCCAAAAUGCAAGAAAACAACGGAGGAUAGGGAUGCUGAACCUGAUAAGGCACAUAAAUGCGGCUCCUGUGGGAUGUCAUUUGAAACCAAAAGGGGACUUUCGACGCACGAAAGGCAUCGUCACCCCGAAAUCAGAAAUGUGAAAAGAACGACAGCCAGCACAAGCCAAAGUAAGGGUAAACCGGGCAGAAAGGCAAUGAUAUGGACGGAUGAGGAGGUGGCCCUGUUAGCUGAUCUAAAUGAGAGGUACAGGCACCUUCCUCAGCCGAACGUAAAAAUUAGAGAAUUCUUGCCCGGUAAGACCCUGAAACAGAUAAGCGACAAGAGGAGGGCGCUUCCCGCCCAGGGCAUGACGAGCUUGGCCGAGGAGGGCGAAGUACUAGAGAGGAUGGACUCUAGCUCGUCCUCCAAUUUGUCCAAUAAAUCGGCCGAGGACCAAAUCGAAGACCCCCUGAGUGAGGAAGGAAUAGAUUGGAUAGAAUCACUCAGGAGGUAUAUCCUGGCUCAAUCUGUGGAUGAAGAAAACGAAUUUUGCGAAUUGGACAAAGAAAUUCAGGAUUGGGCCAGUAACCCUGGGGAGAGAGCACCUGAUAUCGAGCGGUGGAUCGGCACAUUCACUGAAAAGAUCAUACAAGGCACAGAGGGGAAGCAUUCCGGAAACAACAAAAAAGCAAUAAAUAAAAGUAAAAGUAAAUGUAUAAGUAACAAGAAACCAAACGCGCACACCCGCUGGAAAUGCUUCUCCUACGCUCGAUAUCAGGAAAUGUACAAAAAGUGCCCCAGAAGACUGGUCGAUAUGGCUAUCGCGGGAAAGUUGGUUGAGGCAAGGGAGCGUACUAAACUCCCUGAUAAGGCUGAGAUAGAGUGCCUCUAUGGAGGCAUAUGGGGUAGAGUGGCAUCUACCUCAGGUCUACCGAAACUCGGAGGGGGCCCGAGUAUCAACUUCCCAAUGAGCGAAAUUUUAACUCCAGUCACCACUGAGGAGCUUGUGUCUAAAAUGAGAAAGAUUAAAGCGAACACGGCUGCGGGAGUCGAUGGCGUUAGGAAGCCUCACCUCCGAAAAGAGGGAGCACUGUUCCUGUUGUCGAAGCUGUUCAAUUGCUUAAUGAUCUCAAGAGCCUACCCAGAAAGAUGGAAGAUAAAUCGAACAACAUUGAUACCUAAGCCUGGUAAAGAAACCAGAGAUGUUAAAAACUGGAGGCCAAUAACUAUCGGCUCUCUACUGG